UUUUCUAAGGCAUACAGCUAAGCAGUCUUUAUCUAUUGUAUUUGAAAGCAACGAUUCCAAGGCAUAAUGUGUGUGGUUUCCGAAUUAUAUCCAGGGAUGAUUGCGUCUUUCAACGCAGCAAUAGCACAUUACUUCAGUAUCGUGAGCUAUGAUCAAUUUUGUUUAUCCAAGAGGGCAAAAGAGAAUAAGUCUUUUAUAAAACUAGUAGUGUAGAAUGCCGUUCUAAUGAGUGCUCUCAAGAGAGCAGCCAACCACGCCAUUGAAGACUUCGCAACCGUGAUUCGCCACUGUGCCAAAUCCAAGGACUUGGCAAAGGGUCGCUGGAUACACAGCCAGAUCAUUUCAGAUCAAAAGGAAUACAGAGAGAACGUCUUCCUGGCCAAUUUGCUCGUGGCAAAUGCGGUAGCCCAAAUGAUGCCAAGCGAGUGUUUGACACCAUCGACGCCAAGAACGUUUUCUCGUGGGCUGUUAUGAUGACUGCAUAUACCCAAAACGGGUAUCUGCAAGAUGCUAAGGUUAUAUUUGACGAGAUGCCCGAUCGGGAUACUGUUGCAUGGAAUACAAUUCUUGGAGCGUACGCACAACACGGGCAUGUAGACGAGGCAAAGAUUCUUUUUGAUUCGAUUCCAAAUCCCAACUUUGUGUCGCGGACAACAAUGCUCACAGCAUAUGCUCAAAGCGGGAAUAUGUCUAGCGCGAAGCAUAUGUUUGAUUCUAUGUCACCUCGCAAUGCAAUUGCAUGGACAUCAAUGCUUGCUGGAUAUGCAAGACUCGGAGGUAUCUUAGCCUCUCGAGGAUUCUUUCGAAAGAUGCCCCAGCAUGACACUAUAUCAGCGACUGCAAUGAUUUCGGCAUUUGCCGCGAGGGGCAAUGCAAGAGAGGCGUGUGCCUUGUUCGAGAAUAUGCCGGAGAGGAACGUCUUCUCAUGGACGGCAUUGCUCCAGGGAUAUGCCGAGAAUCGUCUUCUAGACAAGGCAAAGAGCUACUUUGACAAGAUGCCAGCAUGGAAUCUUGUGUCGUGGACUGUGCUCGUCGUUUCAUAUGCUCAAUGCGAGCGGCUUGAGAUUGCACAAGACUUGUUUGUUGAGAUGCCCGAGCGGAGCAUAGUGACUUGGAAUGCCUUGUUGGCAGCGAUUGGGCAUGCCAAGUCUUUGGAGGAGGUGAAGCUUUUCCUUGUCACUAUGCCCGCAUGGAACUUGGUGACCAAAAACACAAUCUCUCAGAUCAAGGAAGUCAAACAAAGUGAAACCACUAGUUGACUUGGCUAAUGCUUCUGUCAAGCUUGCUGGAAGAGGAGGCGUCAUCGUUGGUGGAUCGAACCACAGCUAUGCAACGCAGGAUGCACAAGACUCUAUUGCAGAAGGGAAAGACCAUGGAAAUGAAGAGCGAGAACAACUACAACUUCGAUGUUAUACCAGGAUCUCUUCCCGCGGUCUAAGAACAUUGACUUGUUUCUGGAGAACGAGCAACAGCUGCUUUGGUGGUGUUAUUGCAAUGAUAAACUGCUAGAGACUUCUUGUACGCUGUGCACAGGCUGAGGCCGAACUAUUUGCUGCUUCCUGCGAACGCUCCCAAGUGUGCUCAUAACAACAACCAUCACGAGGUAGUAUGACAAGCAACGCUCUUGCUUUUACGUUCUAUAUUCUGUGUUUGCAGGUGAACUAUUUCCCUUCCCAUUUUGAUCCUUGCCGUCACGCUGAGCGAGUGCCUAUUCCUUCUCACCCUCUCGGUGGUCGACGAGAAGAGGCGAUGAUUGAAAAGGAAAAUAACUUUGCUCAGCCAGGAGCAACGUUCCGCUCCGGGCCUGGUGACAGGCAAGAUCUCAAACCUCUCUCUCAGCUAAUCAUGUUUUAACUGAA